AUGGCCGCCGAUAUCAGGGUCUCGAUAGACCGCGGCGGCACCUUUUGCGACGUCAUCGCCCACGUCGACGGCCGCGACCAGCCGCUCAUCUUCAAGCUGCUGUCGGAAGACCCGGCCAACUACCCCGACGCACCGACCGAGGCCAUCCGCAGCGUGCUCGAGGCCGUCGAGGGGAAGCCCAUCCCCGUAGGCGAGAAGCUCGAUGGCUCGCGCAUUGCAUCAUGCCGUAUUGGCACGACCGUCGCCACCAACGCCCUCCUCGAACACAAGGGCGAGAGCUUCGCCUUCCUGACGACAAAGGGGUUUAAGGAUGUCUGCGUCAUCGGCGACCAGUCGCGCCCCAAGCUCUUCGACCUGAGCAUCCGGAAGGCCACGGCGCUGCACUCGGCCGUCGUCGAGGUGGACGAGCGCAUCGUCCCGGCCGACUACGACCUCAACCCGACGCCCCUCGACAAGGAGGCCGCCUCCGUCUCAGACGCCGCCGACACGGCAGACCUCGUCCGCACGGCCAGCGGCGAACUCGUCCGCAUCCUGCGCCGCCCGGACCCGGACGCCGUUCGGGCCCAGCUCCGGGCCCUCCGGGACGCGGGCUACACGUCGCUCGCCAUCUGCUUCAUGCACGCCUACCUCCACCCGGCCCACGAGGACCUCGUCGCCUCCAUCGCGCGCUCCCCCGAGUUCGGCUUCGCCUUCGUCACCACCUCGGCCGCCACCUCGCCCACCAUCAAGUUCCUCCACCGCAGCACCUCGACCUGCACCGAGGCCUACCUGUACCCCGUCAUCCGGCGCUACGUCGACGGCUUCCGCGCCGGAUUCCGCGUCCCGCCGCGCCGCGUCGACUUCAUGUGCUCCGACGGCGGCCUCAAGGCGGCCGCCCGCUUCCGCGGCAACGAGGCCCUGCUCAGCGGGCCCGCGGGCGGCGUCGUCGGCAUCGCGCGGUCCUGCUACGACCCCGAGGACGGCACGCCCGUCAUCGGAUUCGACAUGGGCGGCACCAGCACCGACGUCUCCCGUUACGACGGCCGCUACGACUACCUCACCGAGACCUCCAUCGCCGGCCGCACCAUCACCGUGCCCAUGCUCAACAUCGCCACCGUCGCCGCCGGCGGCGGCUCCGUCCUCUUCGCCCGCAACGGCCUCCUCGCCGUCGGCCCGGAGAGCGCCGGCGCGCAUCCGGGCCCGGCCUGUUACCGGAAAGGCGGGCCCCUGACCGUGACAGACGCGAACCUCUUCCUCGGCCGCCUCGUCCCGUCGUCCUUCCCGUCCAUCUUCGGCCCGGACGCCGACGAGGCCCUCGACGCCGCCGUCGUCGCGCGCGAGUUCGCCCGCCUCACGGCGGACCUCAACGCCCAGACGGCGCGGUCCCUGACGGCGCACGACGUCGCCCUCGGCUUCCUCGACGUCGCCAACGAGACCAUGUCCCGCCCCAUCCGCAACGCCACCGAGGCCCGCGGCUUCGCGCCCGAGAACCACCACCUCGUCUCCUUCGGCGGCGCCGGCGGCCAGCACGCCUGCGACAUCGCCGACAAGCUGGGCAUCCGCCGCGUCCUGAUCCACAAGUUCUCGUCGCUGCUGUCGGCGUACGGCAUCGCCCAGGCCGAGCUGCAGCACGAGGCCCUCGAGCCGUACGGGAGGAAGCUCGACGCCGGCGCCGCGGCCCACGUCUCGGACCGGCUCGCGGCGUUGCGGGCGCGGGUUGGUGCGGAGCUGCACUCGCAGGGCGCUGGAGAGGACUCGAUCGUCUUUGACGAGAGCCUCGUGCUGCGGUACUUCGGCACCGACACGAACCUGACCAUCUCGCGGCCGGAGGACGGGGACUACGCGGCCCGGUUCGAGGCGACGCACCUGCGCGAGUUCGCCUUCUCGAUGGACAGGGACAUCGUCAUCGAGUCGAUCAAGGUCCGCGGCACGGGCAGCGCCGGCGCGAGGGUCCGCGAGGCGUCGGCGUUGAAGGAGUUGGCGGCCGGCACGCAGAGCCCGGCCCCGGAGCCGAAGGAGAGGCAGAGCGUCUAUAUCGACGGCGUGUGGCACGACACGGGCGUCUACCGCCUCGACGAUGUUCCCAAGGAUGUUGUCGUCCCUGGGCCGGCGUUGCUGAUCGACCAGACGCAGACCAUCUUCGUGUCGCCCACGUUCCGGGCGUAUAUCUUGUCCUCUCACGUCCUCCUCGAGAAGACAUCCAGUCGUCCAUCGUCCCCCUCUACUACCCUCACAACGCCCACCCCUGAACCCUCUUCCUCGAUAAUAGCAUCGCCCUCCUCUUCCUCCCCUGUCGACCCCAUCCAGCUCUCCGUCUUCGCCCACCGCUUCAUGGCCAUCGCCGAGCAGAUGGGCACCACCCUCCAGCGCACCUCCAUCUCGACCUCCAUCAAAGAGCGCCUCGACUUCUCCUGUGCCAUCUUCUCCCCCGCCGGCAAGCUCGUCGCCAACGCCCCUCACAUCCCCAUCCACCUGGGCUCGAUGCAGUUCGCCAUCCAGGCUCAGCAUCGUUUAUGGGAGGGGAAGCUCCGGCCCGGCGACGUGCUCCUCACAAACCACCCGCAAUGGGGCGGCACCCACCUGCCGGACCUGACGGUCGUGACCCCGGUCUUUGUCGACUCGGACCGAACAUCGGACUCCGGAGCGGACUCGGGACUCGAGGCCGAAGUCCCGGAACACCACCGCCAGGAGAUCGCCUUCUACGUGGCCUCGCGCGGCCACCACACCGACAUCGGCGGCAAGGGCAUCACCUCGAUGAUGCCCGAGUCCCGCGAGCUGUGGGAGGAGGGCCUCAACGUGCCCUCCCUCAAGAUCGUCUCGGCUGGCACGUUCCUCGAGGACGCCGUGCGCGCCGCCUUCGAGAAGGCCGGCUCGUUCCCCGGCUGCAGCACCUCCCGCCGCCUCGCCGACAACAUCUCGGACCUGAAGGCGCAGACGUCGGCGAACCAGCGCGGCAUCGUCCUGCUCCACAAGCUCUGCGCCGAGGCCGGGCUCGCCACCGUCCACCGCCACAUGACGGCCAUCCAGUCCAACGCCGAGGCCGCCGUGCGCGGCUUCUUCCGCCGCAUCGCCGCCUCGCACCCGCACGGUCUCGAGGCGACGGACCACCUCGACGACGGCACGCCGAUGCGCGUCCGGAUCACGGCCGACCCGGCCACGGGGUCCGCCCUGUACGACUUCUCCGGCUCCGGGCCGCAGACGUGGGGGAACUACAACUGCCCCAUCGCCAUCUGCCACUCGGCCAUCAUCUACACGAUCCGGUGCCUCGUCGACGCCGACAUCCCGCUCAACGAGGGGUGCCUGACGCCCGUCGAGAUCCGCGUGCCCGAGGGCUCGGUGUUGAACCCGGGGCCGAGGGCGGCCAUCUGCGGCAGCACGCUGGCCAGCCAGCGGGUCAUCGACGUCAUCCUCCGCGCGUUCGGGCGGUACGGCGCCAGCCAGGGGUGCGCCAACAGCUUCGGCUGGGGCAUGGGCGGGCGAGACCCGGAGACGGGAGUCGUCGCCAAGGGGUGGAACUACGGCGAGAGCAUCGGCGGCGGCGUCGGCGCGGGCGAGGGGUACCACGGGGAGCACUCUACUCAUGUCCACUCGACCAACACGCGGCAGACGGACGCCGAGGUCAUCGAGAAGCGCACGGCGGUGCUGGUGCGGCGGUACGAGAUCCGGCGGGGCAGCGGCGGCGCGGGGACGUGGCGCGGCGGCGACGGCAUCACGCGCGAGAUCGAGGCGCGCGUCCCGCUCAAGUUCAGCAUCCUCUCGGACCGCCGGGUGUACCGGCCGUGGGGCAUGGCGGGCGGCGGGCCGGGCAGGCAGGGCGAGAACUACGCGUUCCUGUUCGGCGAGGGCGGCGAGGAGGGGGCCAUGGAGCGGAUCAACCUGGGCGGCAAGGCGAUUAUCAACCUGCGGGAGGGCGAGUACGUGCAGAUCAACACGCCUGGCGGCGGCGGGUAUGGGGGGGAUGAGGUGGAGGACCGGCAUAGGGGGUACGUCUAA